CAUCUGAUGACAUAAGUACGUUGGCCAGCCCCGUUGCAUUGUGGUCGCCGGUGUGGACAUUUGGAAAGAAACUAAUCAAACGGCUCUUUAUCAAACUACAUCUCCGCAGAGACAGGACAGUUAAAGCUCAGACUUGGUGAUCUGUGACAGCUCUCAAAACAGCCAUGUCGUCUACGUCCCAAAAACAUAAAGACUUUGUGGCUGAGCCCAUGGGUGAGAAGCCUGUGAUGGCUCUUGCUGGCAUCGGAGAAGUCCUUGGCAAAAGACUGGAGGAGAAAGGUUUUGAUAAGGCGUAUGUUGUCCUUGGCCAGUUCCUGGUGCUAAAGAAAGAUGAAGAGCUUUUUCGUGACUGGCUCAAAGAUACUUGUGGUGCCAAUGCGAAACAACAAGGUGACUGCUAUGGCUGUCUUAAAGAAUGGUGUGACGCUUUCCUAUAAACCAUUCAGCUGUUGUUUCUACUUCUAAAACUGUACAUUACCUCUUUGGUUAUCUUAAUUCAGUUCAGCUACACAAUACUAUAUAUGGACUGACACACCCAAAUAAGGUUUAUAGAAGUCCGCCUGUUUUUGAAGUACACCUAAAACCUAUACAUUUUUGAAAUCCUUUACACAUGCCCUUCUCAUGGUCUUUGACAAGCCUGUCAACACUUUCUCUUAUAAAGACAAUACAGAUUCAGAAUUGCUACUGUUUUUUUGGGGCCUGUCUUCUGCUAAUGGUAACUGGGCACAUUUCACUACUCGGAAUGUUUUUAAAAUGUUAUUGAAGUGGUAAUUGAAGUAGAUCAUGAUAAUGAGUUCGUUCUACUUUCAUCAUUUUCAGUUCAUUUUAACAGAUGUUUUUCACUCUAUUAUUGCCUUGUAAGAAUAAGAAAUGCACAGGACUAACAGUUGUCAAAUGAUUGUUCUCUCAAUGUAGGCCUUUCAGUAACAUAUUCCUGUAAUGUGGCCACUUUUUAGGAAAUAAGGUUAAAAAAAAAAAAAAAAUUAGGCUGCUCAUGAUAAUAAUAUUGAAUUUGUCCAAGACCAGUGGAAUACAGCAUGUUCCCUCUGUUUUAGGUUAGAUUUUAAAUUUAUAGUUCACUGAUUGUUGGCCUUUCACUGAGAAUAUUAUUGUUCUAACACAAGCUUAUUCUGUUAUUAAACACUUAGCCUAAAAGCUUUUUCACGUUUUAUUUCAGUACAUGGUUUUCUCUCUGUAACAUGUCACUGAUCAGUACAGGCCUGGCAAAUAUUUGGUCUGUUUCUCAUUUUCUUAUUUUGAAGCCAUUGAAAAGUUGAUGGAAUGCUGUAUUUCUUUUUUCAUAUAUAGCAUAUUGUAUGCCUCAAAUGUCAUGUGCUGUUCAUUACUGUUUCUAAAAUGGGGGUUGAUGUCUGUCUGAGAUAUUGAGCAGUUUGCAGAAGAUGUCACUGAUUUAUACAACAUAGACUAAACCUCAAAUCUGACACUGGUGUUUGUGGGAAAAUAUAUUUUUUCUGUCUUUUAACAAUAUUUGUCAUUUUAAACUUGGUGCAAGUAAAGACAGAUUGUAGCCAGAUCUCAUAUCUGGACUGCUCAAAGCUUGUUUGAUGUGAACAUAGAAAUGUAUAUAAAUAAAGAUGCCCAUGCAACAUCUAAACCUCCUGUAGAAAUGUGUCAAUGUCUUUCUCUGGUGCGGAAAGAUUAAAUUAAGGGUGUGUCUUCUGCCAUUAAACAAGGAUUUUCAGAUAGAUGACUUUGUAUCCUUUAAAAAAGCUGGUGUUCAAUGCAGAUAAGAGAAACAUCAGUUGAGCUGGUUUGUGCUCAAAUGGUACAAUGGAAGGAAGUGCAUGAAUUGGCAUUUAGUUCACAGAAAUAUACAAAAAUACAGCGUAUGCAUCAAUUUAGACUCAUGGCAAAAUUACAACAGCUUUCCAGUGGCUUUAAAUUUAGAUGUAACACUAUUCGUGUAAUGUAUUUUUAAUACAAAACAGGUAGGAAUCGAUACCUUUAGACCAUCUUUGUAAAGAUGAAAUGCCUUAAUGCAUGGUAAUUUUGCAGUUUUGCAUGCAUGUCAAGCUGUUUAACCAGUAUCAUAAGCUUCCACAUACAAUGUUUGAUGCUUGCCACCAGUUGCCACCUGUUCAAAGAUGAAACUCUUGUUAAAACACUGAUGGAAAUGUUUGCAUAUAACUGUGAAAACUCUUCAGUUUUAUAUUGCUGUUAUAGGAAAAAUAAAAGGAAGUUAUCACAUUUAGCCAUGCAUUAUGUUUUUUUAACAUGUUUCUCAGAAUAAAAUCACAGAUGAAAGUAAA